UCUCUGAGAGGAGUCACAGGGGAGGGCGUCUCGGUCUCUGAUUUGACGCCUCCGUCGCUCGGAGAUGGGAUUAGUGUCCUUCGCUGGGAGAGUCUUCUUCGCCUCCGUCUUCCUCCUCGCGGCCUACCAGGAGUUUAGUGAAUUUGGAGUUGAUGGUGGACCAGCAGCAAAGUCUCUCCGGCCAAAGUACAACCUAUUCAUGAAACAUGUCUCUUCACAUCUUGGCAUUGUGGUGCCACAUGUUGAAAUGAAACAUGUUAUUGCAAGCACCAUAUUUCUGAAAGGUUUUGGUGGCCUCUUGUUCAUCUUCAGCAGCUCUUUUGGAGCAUAUCUUCUGCUUCUGUACCUAGCUUUCAUCACACCAGUUGUGUACGGCUUCUACAAUUAUGAUAUAGAGAAGUCAGAAUUUGUGCAGCUUUUCAGCAAAUUCGCUCAGAAUCUGGCACUUUUUGGCGCACUACUCUUCUUUCUUGGCAUGAAGAAUUCAAUCCCAAGACGGCAGCCUAAAAAGGUUCUCAAGUCAAAAAACAAAUUAAACUGAGAUGCUUGGUAGUGCAUACUGUGCAAGUUGGUGAAUCAGGUAAUGUUAACGAUUCGCACUUAAGGAUUCUGCAGCAUGUUCACCAUUCAUUGUCAAGAAGCAGAUUUUUUGGGGAAGCAUACAACCCUCACGAGAUGUGAAUUGCGGAUUAGGAUUGUGUUUCUAGUGUAUCACUUUUGUCAUUUUUCUUGGUUUAGAAGUCUGGACUGGAGUUGUCUGCUAGUUGAUAUUUACAAAUUCAUACAUUUAUGUACUUUUCGUGUCACUUAGCUGGCUGGAUGUUUUGCAAAUUUGAAUCGUUGUUAUGCAGCAAGCAUUGGCUGGCGGGUUAUCUCAACGGCUUGUAUGUCUUGGCCUUGGUAAAAAAAUGUCCAUGGAUGUCCAUAAAUAGCUAAUCUGUUAUUUCAACUUUCAGGUGCGAAUUUUAUGCUCUUCUAAUAUGAGAAAGAAAUUU